AUGGCUGACGCGCCAAACCCCAACGAUGAGCUCUAUCCUAUUGCUGUGCUCAUCGACGAGCUAAAGCACGACGACGUCCUUCUCCGACUCAACGCAAUUCAUCGUCUUUCCACCAUUGCCUUGGCCCUGGGCCCUGAACGCACCAGAGAAGAACUUAUUCCUUUCCUCGACGAAUCCGUUGAAGAUGAAGACGAGGUCUUGGUUGCCCUGAGCGGCGAGCUCGGCACCUUCACAGAAUAUGUCGGAGGCCCUCAGUGGGCGCAUGUCAUUCUCUCCCCUCUCGAGAACCUUGCUGCCAUCGAGGAGCCCGUCGUCCGCGACAAGGCCGUCGAAUCUCUCAACAAGGUCUGCGAGGAUCUCUCCCCCGAACAAGUCGAAGAAUAUUUUAUCCCCCUCACCAUGCGCCUGUCGAAAGCCGACUGGUUCACAUCCAAGGUCUCGGGCUGUGGCCUCUUCACUGCCCCCUACAAGAAGGCCUCGCCUCCUGUUCAAGAGCAGCUGCGCCAGCAGUUUGGCUUGCUUGUUCAUGACGAUACUCCCAUGGUCCGCCGUCAGGCCGCCACCAACCUGGCCAAGUUUGUCAAGGAGAUGCCUGCCGCCAUUGUCGUUGAGGAAAUGAUUCCCCUCUUCCAGCACCUCGUCCAGGAUGACCAGGACAGCGUUCGUCUUCUCACCGUCGAAAUCCUCAUUUCCAUCGCCGAGGCGGUUCCCACAAAGCAGCAGUCGAGCCACGGCGUGCUUCUCACGUCGCUGCGCAACUUGAUAGAAGACAAGAGCUGGAGAGUCCGUUACAUGAUUGCCGAUAGAUUUGAGAAGAUUGCCAAGGCUGUCGACGAGGAGGUUGUUUCUCGCGAUCUUGUCCCUGCCUUUGUCAAGCUUCUCAAGGACCAGGAAGCCGAAGUCCGCACAGCCAUUGCUGGCCAGAUCCCCGGUUUCUGUGCCCUUGUCGACCACGAGACCCUCCUGGGUGAUAUUAUGCCCAGCGUCGAGGAUCUCGUCUCCGACACCUCCCAGCACGUCCGUGCCGCUCUCGGUACCCAAAUUAGCGGCCUCGCCCCUAUUCUCGGCAAGCAAGAGACCAUCGACCACCUCCUCCCCAUGUUCCUUCAGAUGCUCAAGGACGAGUUCCCCGAGGUCCGCCUUCACAUUAUUUCCAAGCUUGAGCUUGUUAACCAGGUCAUUGGUAUUGAUCUGCUCUCACAAUCGCUGCUCCCCGCCAUCGUCACCCUUGCCGAGGACAAGCAAUGGCGCGUUCGCCUGGCCAUUAUUGAAUACAUUCCUCUUCUGGCUAGCCAGCUCGGUGUUAGCUUCUUUGAUGAGAAGCUGAGUAACCUGUGCAUGGAGUGGCUCGGCGACACCGUCUUCUCCAUCCGUGAGGCGGCCACCCACAACCUCAAGAAGCUGACUGAGGUCUUUGGCGUCGAGUGGGCCAGCGAGGCCAUCAUCCCCAAGGUCAUGGCCAUGGGUAACCACCCCAACUACCUCUACAGAAUGACGACAUGCUUUGCCAUUUCGGUACGUAACCCAUCAUUUUGUUUGUUCUACUAUUGCUAA